AUGCUCAGCCUUUCAGUUCCAUACUCAGUCUUAGGUCUAGCACCAGUACUAAAAGCACCGGUAAGGCUGCCCAACCUCCCUCCAUCUCCCCCUUCCCCUCCCUCUGCUGCUUCCCAACCCCCUGCCCCUUCCCUUCCUCCUUCCCCUUCCCCUCCCCCUGCCCCCUCCCUCCCCCCUGCCCCUUCCCCUACCCCUGCCUCUCCCCCUGCCCCUCCCCCUGCCAUUUCCCCUCCUCCUACCGCUUCCUCUGCCCCUUCCCUCCCACCUGCCCCUUCCCCUACCCUUGCCUCUCCCCCUGCCCCUCCCCCUUCCAUUUCCCCUCCUCCUACCGCUUCCCCUGCCCCUUCCCCCAGAGAUCCUUGGCUCCAAGGGGAUCCUUCAGAACUCCCCCCACCAGGCGACCCACCCACACCCACAGGCUCUCCUGCAAGGCUGAGCGGGCCGGAUUUUGACAUGCUGCUUGCUGCUCUGCUGCCUGUGGCACUCAGUGCUCACCAGCAGAAGUGGUGUUUUCAGCAGCAGCAGCAGCAGCAGCAGCAGCAGCGGCAGCAGCAUCGGAACAACCACCAGCAGCAGAGGCGCUUUCAGCAGUAG